AUGACUACUCUGGCUAUUUUAUCCCAAAGGAGAGUUUUAAAUGGAUCUAAAUUUAUUCUUAUUAUAAUAUACAAGACAUCUAAUAAAAAAAUCUUGACCCAAAAGAUGGCUUUUGACUAUGCUUUACUUACUAUCUUUUCGUCAGGACUUGCAAUUAAUUUGAUAUACACAGUAAUAGCUCCAUUUUACCCUAUAAUAGCAGAAGACAAAGGUAUGUCCAAUUGAAUGCUUGGAAUAGUUUUCACAAUGAUGCCAGUCAGUGGCUGCCUUUUUACAACUACUAUUGGAGAAAACCUCUCAUUUAUUGGCAGAAAAAACACACUAAUCGGUGGCAUAAUCUUAGGAGUAAUUUUUAUAUAGGCCUUAUCUCUUAUUAUCCUUGCAUUUAUUCCCAAUUUUGAUAUAAAACUCUUCACUAUAUGAAGCUUAAUCUCUAGAGCUAUUGGAGGAAUUGGGAUGUCGGCAGUUUAUAUUGCAGGCUUCUCCAUCAUUGCAAAUGAUUAUGAAAAAGAUAGGGAACGAAACAUCUCGAUUUUUGAGGUUUUUUCAGGACUUGGGCUGAUGCUUGGUCCUGCAUUUGGGUCGAUUUGUUUUAGUUUAUUUGGAUUUUCUGGGAUAUUUAUAGCAUCUGCAGGGUUGCUAUUAACCCCUAUCCCAGGAGCAUGGUAUUUUAUAUCUAAUAAAAAUACCUUGUCAGAAAUUGAGGAAGAUUUCAAAAGCAGAAGUUUACUGAAAAGGAAAAAUAUUUUGCUGGAUAUUUCUGUAGCAUUAUAUUCUACGAUUGUUUAUAAUUUUUUCGACCCUACACUUGGCCCGUUUUUAAAAUCUGAAGGAUACUCAGAGACAGCAAUUGGUUACGUUUUUAUAGUUUCAACCUUUGCUUAUACUUUGGGAAGCUUUUGGUUAGUUUUUAUAUUAGAACGAUCAAACAAAUUUUAUGAUGAAUAGAAUUAAUUUGUCAAAAAUACAAUAAAAUUAUAAUAAUUAUUUACUCCCCCUAUGUGAGAAAAAAAAUUUGUUCGCUCAAGGAGAGGGAUUAAUUUAAAUAAUUUUUUAACGCUCACGGAGUGUGGAUUUUUGGGCAAGAAAUAAGGAUUUUUCCAAUGGCUUUAUUGGGAGGGGGAGUUAUAAUUUUAUAAAAAUUUUAAAUUGAAAUAAAAUAUUAUAUAUAUGUUCAUAUAAUUUUUUCGUUACAUAUGGCUUAAAAUGGAAAUUGGGUAGUCUAAGGAAAAUACUAUAUUUGAUGAUUGCAAGUAUUUUUACAACUAUUAUCGGUCUGCUGAUGAUUGGACCGUGGGAAUGGAUUUUAGGGUCAGCUUCAAUUUUACCUAUUAUUGGAAUGUGCUUAAUUGCUUUUGGUGGAUCAUUAGGAUAUGUUACCCCGCUACCUUUUAUGCUAGAUGAAGCUGAUGAUAUUAAAAUUGCAGAAAAAACAAAUAUUUAUGAUGCUUUAUCAGGACUUUUUAACAUGAGUGUAAGCCUGGGAGAAAUAAUUGGCCCACUUGUAGCAGGAAUUUUUGUAGAAAUAAGCGGAUUUGCAAACAGCUGCUUGAUUAUGGGGAUUUUAGGUGUUUUUUUGACAGCAUGGUACUGAACUUGCCGAUCUUUGAGAUGCCCAAAAGCUAAAAAUAAAAAUGCUGGGAUAUUGCUGCAAUAUUUCCCUAAAAGUCGAUAA